AUGGCCUCAACUUAUAUGGGCGGAACCUCCGUCCAGCCAGCACCACUACCUGGAUUGGGACCAAAUGUGACAGCAAACAAUCAGACUACUACUUCGACUCAUGACCCUCAAACACCCGUGAAUCCCAGUUCAGACACAACUCCUACCAACUAUUCUCAAGACCACAUGGCUUCCAAGGACGAAACACCAGCCAAGUCCACCACAGAAGAUGAAGAAGACUCAGAGCUCGAGCGCAGACACAGUAUUGUCCGCGACUUGGCACGCCAGUACACCAACCAGAGUCAGAUGUCUGCUAUCAGCGGCAACCCCUUUACAGCAGAUGAAAACAGUCCACUAAAUCCCAGAAGCGACAAGUUUAGAGCUUUGGCUUGGGCAAAGGCCAUUUCGAAAUUGCAUAGUGAGACUGGAUUUACCAACCGCAAAGCAGGUGUUUGUUAUCAGAACUUGAACGUUUUUGGAUAUGGUCAGCCUACAGAUUAUCAGAAGAAUGUGGCUAAUAUUUGGCUUGACGUUGCUUCACUUCCGCGGCAGCUGAUGGGGUGUGGAAAGACUAGGAUUGACAUCAUUCGAGACUUUGAUGGUGUGGUCAAGAGCGGAGAGAUGUUGGUGGUAUUGGGACCUCCUGGAUCUGGUUGUUCAACAUAUCUCAAGACCAUUUCCGGUGAGACGAGUGGUAUUUACAUCAACGAUGAUGCAUACUUCAACUACAGGGGCAUAACCGCCCACGAGAUGCACACCCGCCAUCGCGGAGAAGCAAUCUACACCGCAGAAGUAGACGUCCACUUCCCCCACCUCACAGUCGGCGACACCCUCGACUUCGCCGCCCACGCCCGCGCCCCACGCUCUAUCCCCGGCGGCAUCGACCGCGAGACCUUCAUCUCACACUCGCGCGACGUGGUAAUGGCCAUGUUCGGCAUAAGCCACACGGUAAACACAAAAGUCGGGAACGAGUACGUCCGCGGCGUGUCCGGCGGCGAGCGCAAACGUGUCACCAUCGCCGAAGCGUCUCUCAGCGGCGCACCGCUGCAGUGCUGGGAUAAUAGCACGAGAGGUCUGGAUUCGGCGAAUGCGGUGGAGUUUUGUAAGACGUUGAGGUUGCAGACGCAGAUGUCUGACACGGCGGCUAUGGUGUCGAUAUAUCAGGCCCCACAGGCUGCUUAUGAUAUUUUUGACAAGGUUGUUGUGUUGUAUGAGGGAAGGCAGAUUUUCUUUGGUGGGACGAAAGCAGCGAAGCGGUAUUUUGAAGAUUUGGGGUUUGAGUGUCCAGCCAGACAGACGGUGCCUGAUUUCUUGACGUCGAUGACAAGUCCGCAAGAGCGAAUUAUUCGAAAAGGGUUUGAAGACCGCGCACCGAGAACACCAGAUGAAUUCGCAGCAGCGUGGAAAGCCUCCCAAGCCAAUAUUCUUCUACAGCAAGAAAUCGAAGAGUAUAAACGCGAUUUUCCGAUAAAUGGGCCUGAAGCAGAAGAGUUUAGAGCGAAUCGACGCGCAGCGCAAGCUAAGAACCAACGAAAAAAGAGUCCGUACACGUUGAGCUACUGGCAACAGACGAAGCUUGCUCUUGAGAUUCUUACGUUGUACGCCCAACGACCUAUCGUCGAGAAGCACGAUCGUUACGCUCUGUAUCAUCCAUCGUCUGAAGCAGUGGCUUCUAUGCUCUGCGACAUGCCAUACAAGAUCCUCAACGCCUUCACGUACAAUCUGACACUCUACUUCAUGACCAACCUCCGCAGAGAACCCGGUCCAUUUUUCUUCUUCCUUUUCAUCACAUUUCUCGUCACGCUCUGCAUGUCCAUGAUUUUCAGAACAAUUGCUUCUGCGUCUCGGACACUCUCUCAAGCAAUGGUCCCUGCUGCUCUCCUCAUCCUCGCACUAGUUACCUUCACGGGCUUCGUUAUCCAGAUCGACUAUAUGCUCGGUUGGUGCCGAUGGAUCAACUACGUCAAUCCGCUGGCGUAUGCAUUCGAAUCACUUAUGGUGAACGAAUUUCAUAACCACAAGUUUGAGUGUAACUUAUUCAUUCCUACGUAUCCGGAUGCAGCGCCUGAGAAUCGCGUUUGUUCAACUGUUGGUGCUGUACAGGGUGAGCCUAUGGUUUCAGGGGACAGAUAUAUCAACCUCUCGUUUUCAUACUAUCAUGCGCACAAGUGGCGAAAUGUCGGUAUUGUUAUUGCUUUUACGCUUCUUUUCCUUGCAACGUACAUGUUUUUUGCGGAAGCCGUCAGCGCGAAAAAAUCAAAGGGAGAAGUACUUGUUUUCCGUCGUGGUCACAGACUUGCAAAGAACAUAGUCGAUGCUGAAUCUAGGCCAGCUGGUCGCGUGGCCAUCACAGAGAAAGAAGGCUAUGGAGAGGGACAGCCGUCAAACUUCAAGUCAACGAGUGUCUUUCACUGGAACAACGUUUGCUAUGAUAUCAAGAUCAAGAGUGAAAACAGGCGUAUUCUUGAUAACGUAGCAGGAUGGGUGAAGCCCGGUACAAUGACAGCCCUAAUGGGCGUCUCGGGAGCCGGCAAAACAACACUCCUCGACUGCCUCGCCGACCGCACAAGCAUGGGCGUCAUCCACGGCGACAUCCUCGUCGACGACAAACUCCGCGACGCCUCCUUCCAGCGCAAAACAGGCUACGUCCAGCAACAAGAUCUACACCUAUCCACAACAACAGUCCGCGAAGCCCUCAACUUCUCCGCCAUAAUGCGUCAGCCAAAACACAUUCCAGUCAAGCAAAAGAUCGCAUACGUUGAUGAAGUCAUCAAAAUGCUUGAUAUGCAGGACUAUUCCGAAGCAGUCGUUGGUGUUUUGGGCGAGGGCUUAAACGUGGAACAACGGAAACGCUUAACGAUUGGUGUUGAACUCGCUGCCAAACCGCCGGUUUUAUUGUUUGUUGAUGAGCCUACCUCUGGAUUGGACUCGCAGACUUCAUGGGCUAUCCUGGACCUGUUGGAAAAGCUGGCUCGUAGUGGACAAGCUAUCCUCUGCACCAUCCACCAACCAUCAGCCAUGCUCUUCCAGCGCUUCGAUCGUCUACUCUUCCUAGCCAGCGGAGGCAAAACAGUGUAUUUCGGAGACAUCGGCGAUCAUUCACGCACAAUGACUCGCUAUUUCGAAUCUCACGGCGCAGAACCGUGUCCGCCUGAAGCAAACCCCGCAGAAUGGAUGCUCGAAGUAAUCGGCGCAGCACCCGGUUCUGAAACGAGUCUCGACUGGCCGCAGAUCUGGAAAGAUUCCUCCGAGUUUGCAGAAGUUCAGAAACACUUGCUGGAAUUGUCUCAUCAUCAGGUUGAGAAGAGUCAGGAUGAAGAUCCGCAUUUGUAUGAUGAGUUUGCUGCUACGUUUACGACGCAAUUGAAGUAUGUCACGACGAGGGUUUUUGAGCAGUAUUGGAGAACGCCUUCGUAUAUCUACUCGAAAGCCGCGCUGUGUACGCUCGUGGCGUUGUUUAUUGGGUUCUCGUUUUAUCAGGCGCCUAAUACGGCGCUUGGACUGCAGAAUCAGAUGUUUGCGAUCUUUCAGGUGCUGACUGUCUUUGGACAGCUCACGCAGCAACAGAUGCCGCACUUUGUCAUCCAACGAGAUCUAUAUGAAGUCAGAGAACGACCCUCCAAAACGUACAGCUGGCAAGUCUUCAUCCUAAGUCAAAUCAUCGUCGAAAUCCCCUGGAACACCCUCAUGGCCGCGAUCAUGUACUUUUGCUGGUACUACCCCAUCGGUCUAUACCGCAACGCCGAACCCACCGACGCCGUAGCUGAGCGCGGCGCCCUCAUGUUCUUGCUCUUCCUCGUUUUUAUGCUCUUCACCUGCACCUUCACCGAUUUCAUUAUCGCGGGGUGCAGCUCAGCUGAAACAGGAGGAAACAUCGCCAACCUGCUCUUCAUGAUGUGUCUCAUCUUCUGCGGUGUUCUCGCAACACCAGACAGUUUCCCCAAGUUUUGGAUCUGGAUGUAUCGCGUCAGUCCGUUUACAUACCUUAUAUCAGCCAUCUUGUCCACUGCGGUGGCGAAUACAGAAGUUGUCUGUGCGCAGAACGAAUAUGUGGUUUUUCCACCGCCAAAGGGUCAGACGUGCGGGGAGUAUAUGCAGGCUUAUAUCAAGAAGGCGGGAGGAUAUCUUGUGAAUGAGAGCAGUAAUAGUACAUGCACGUAUUGUACUAUCGGAGACAGUAAUGUGUUCUUGGCCGGGGUUCGGUCGCAUUAUGAUGAGCGGUGGAGGAAUUUCGGGUUGAUGUGGGUUUACAUCAUCUUUAAUGUCUUUGCGGCUUUGGCGUUGUAUUGGCUUGUUAGAGUCCCGAAGAAUAAGAAGGGGGAGAAGGAGAAGAAGGAGUGA